AGUCCGAAAUCACACGUCAACUGAUCACAAAGCCUCCUGGAUCUUCAUUGUUUUGCUCUAAAAGCGACUAAAUAAUCCUAAAAGAUGGUGGCCAAACAGAGGAUUCGCAUGGCGAACGAGAAACACAGCAAGAACAUCACUCUCAGGGGAAAUGUGGCCAAAUCCACGAGAGGCACUCAAGAAGAGAAGGCAGUGGUGGGACCGUGGCUGCUUGCCUUGUUUGUCUUUGUAGUAUGUGGAUCAGCGAUAUUCCAGAUCAUUCAGAGCAUCAGGAUGGGAAUGUGAGCUGAACGGUCAUCAGCAGUGUACAGCAGUUUGUCCUCUUUUUCAUGGCUUGUCUGAAGAUCUCGACCAUUCCGCUUCUCUUAUUUAAUCUUUCUACGUCUCAAGGUUUUUUUUUUCUCACCACAACACACAUCUCCUGUGCCUUACUCAAAAGCUGGAGGAACAUUCUCUUCUGAAACAUUCCAGUGUGGGAUUUCUAUUAACAUUGCUGCAGAAUCCAUGCUGUCUGAAGCAAUAAACUCAAGACUUCGAAUGAACUUUUUUCUGUGGAAAAAACCCCCUCAUGAAAUGCUGCGUUAUAUCUUCUGUGUUCUAGGUUUUGGACCAGUUCGUGUUACUUGUUAGCAAUAUUUGGUACUAUGCACCUUUAUUGGAUUUUCCUCUAUAUUUAGAGCUGAAUAUGUGCUCUUUGACUGUUCGCUCAAAGAAAUGAAGGUCCACAUGUUGAGUUUUAAAUGUAGAGUACGUGGAAAAAUAAAGAAAACAUGACAACUAAAA